AAAAGGUUUUUUUUUUAUUGUGUUUAAAUUUGAUUUAGUGAAAGAAAAUCAUGUUCGGCCAUACAUUCCCAAGGGCUGUGUUCAUUACGCUCAAUAUUUUCAUUCUUGUUAACGAAUAUAACUUCACAGAAGCCACAACUUAUGGCCAAGAGAUUACCAACAUUGAUGCGCAACAAUUGAGACAACUGAUUGUCAGGAGGCAGGGAGAGAUUUCAUUUUACCACAACCACCUGUUUGACCUUUCGCCUCGUUAUCGGAAACUAGUCAAUAAAUGGAUCAUCUAUCUUUUGAAAAAAUUAAAAUUCGAUUUUACACAAAUGAUUUCAAUUGAAAAUGAGACGAAUAAAUAUCUAAUAAUGCAAUUGGAGAAGAAAUACUGGUACUCGGAUUCAUUAAGAAAGGAUGGAUAUUCAGCUAUCAGGAUGUACAAGAAAAUUCUUACCAUAUUUGACGACCAAUUGAAAAACUACGUGCACAGCUGGACCGACCUGGAAAGUCCAUACUGGAAGAGGAUAACCAUGUUUUUAUUGAAAAAUAUCAAAGUAUAUUGAAAGUUCUGAAGUUCAUAUUACCAUUGGAAAGUUGAUCAUCAGUACAAUCUUCACCAAC